AUGGGUAAGACUACUCUUGCCCAGCUUGUGUACAAUGACGAAAAAGUGCAAGAGUUUUUCAAGCCCCAAGCAUGGGCUCAUGUUUCUCAAGUUUUCGAUGUUGUUGGGGUGACAAAAGCAAUUUUACAAUCUCUCACCUUUGAAAAUUGUGAUGGCAAGGAUCUGACUUGGUUGCAAAACAAACUAAAGAAGGAACUGAAAGGAAAGAAGUUUUUAGUCGUUCUGGAUAAUAUUUGGAAUAAGAACUACCAAGACUGGACUCUCCUAUGUGUUCCUUUUGAAGAAGGGGUUUCAGGAAGUGCAAUUGUAAUCACAACUCGCAACAAUGAAGUUGCAUUAAAGACUCGUACCACCAAUAUUCUAGACGCUUUCCCUUUGAAUGGUUUGUCAAAUGACUCUUGUUUGUCUAUAUUGGCCCAUCAUGCAUUGGGUACAACAGACUUCAUCGCACAUCUAAACCUCAAAGAUAUUGGUCAGGAACUCGCUAGAAGGCGUAAAAGCUCUCCUUUGGUAGCAAAAGUACUCAGGGGCGUCUUACACAAUAAAGUGCAUCUUCAUGAGUGGGAAGAAGUAUUGAAUAGCAAUUUAUGGGAUAUAGCAGAAGUGGAAAAUGAAAUUGCUCAACCUCUGAUGUUGAGCUGUCACGAUCUCCCUUCAAAUUUGAAAAGGUACUUUGCAUAUUGUUCAAUAAUCCCAAAGGACUAUGAAUUUGAGGAGAAGCAAUUGGUUCAGCUAUGGAUGACAGAAGGUUUAAUUAAGCCACGAGAUGGGAGAAAGAAAAUAGAAGAUUUGGGUAGGGAGGAUUUUCGCAAUCUAUUGUCGAGAUCAUUCUUCCAACUAUCGUUCAAGGAUGAAUCAAGAUUUGUGAUGCAUGACCUCAUCAAUGAUUUGGCUCAACAUGUUGCUGGAGAUACAUGCUUUAAAAUGGAGGAUAUAGUUGGGGGUCAUAAUAGGAGGAAACCUUCUAGAAAGGCUCAACAUUCGUCUUACUUGGGUGGUCAUUGUGAUGGCAUUAAAAAAUUUGCGACAUUGAUAUUGGAGAGUUGCUAUGCUCUAAAGAAAUUGCCUUCAACGUUUGGAAACCUACUCAACUUGCGGCAUCUCAACAUUCGAGGAGCAUAUGCAUUGGAAGGAAUGCCUCCGCAAAUCAGGCCUUUGUUGCAUAUUCGAGAUACACUUUGCAUUUCCAAAUUGGAAAAUGUGAUUAAUAAUGAGGAUGCAAGGGAUGCUAGGUUAUUUGAAAAGAAAAAUCUCUCUGGGGUGUCAUUUGAAUGGAGUCAGAACAUUGAUGAGUCACAAGACAGAGCGCAUGAAUUAGAGGUACUUAGCAUGCUAAAACCUCACAAGGGUUUGAAAGAGCUCACCAUCAACAACUAUGGUUGUACAGAAUUUCCAAAGUGGUUAAGAGUUCCUUCAUUUUCUAAUAUGGUACUCUUGAAGAUUGAAAGUUGUGCAAAGUGCACAUCAUUACUUGCAGUGGGCAAAUUACCAUCACUCAAUGACCUUUUAAUUAAAGGCAUGGGCAGUCUGAAAAAUAUUGGUUGCGAGUUUUAUGGGGAAUAUUACUCACAACCUUUUAGAUCCUUGGAAACUUUGCAUUUUGAGGAUAUGCAGAAGUGGGAGAACUGGAUUCCUUGUGAAGAAUUCCCAAAACUGUGUAAGCUUUCUAUUAAACGGUGUCCAAAACUGAUGGUUUCUUUGGAGGAAAAAGAAGUAGAAGAGCAGUUACAACUUAGUUUGCCAUCCAAACUGAGAAAAAUCACGAUCUUUAAUUGCAAGUCCUUGGAAUCUUUACCCAAGGCAAUGAUGAACAACAACAUACAUCUUGAGGAGGUUUAUAUUUCUUUCUGUAAUUCAUUGACUCACUUUGCAAUAGGGCAACUACCUCCAACUCUAAAGCGGCUAACGAUAGAGGGGUGCAACAACAUGCAGAUUUUGGGGGAUGGAGAUGAUAUCAACAAAUGCGGUAGCAGCAAAUCUCUUCUUUAG